AUGUUGGAAUGCUUGCCCCGCGCGAGCACAGUGGUACGCGCUUCAAGUUCUGGACAAAGUGUUGGGGAGAGCACGCGAGUGUUUUUUGUACUCCUGCCUCUUUUCGUGCUUCUGUGUGUACGAGGUAGCGUUUCUGGCGGAGUAUCGCUUGGAGCACACUUAGUGUGCGCUCGAGUGGCCGGCCUGACGGACAAGCAGCGCGCCAUGUGCCGCUCAUCGCCAGCCGCUAUCGCGGCAGUUGGAGACGGUUUAAGGAUGGCUUACGCCGAAUGCCGGGAGCAACUCAGUGGCUACAGAUGGAACUGUUCAGGAGUCGGCGACGGCAAUGACUUCGGGCAUGUGAUGCCUCUAGCGACUCGGGAAGCCGCUUUCACAUACGCAAUAACAUCCGCCGGGGUCACACACGCGCUGAGCACGGCGUGCGCACGCGGCGAUCUGCCUGCCUGUCACUGUAACUCUAACAGAAGACGAAUGACUGGCCCUUCAGAACAAUUCCAGUGGGGUGGCUGUGGAGAAGCGGCUUACGGUAUGAGGUUCGCGAGGCGAUUCCUCGACUCGAGAGAACUUGAAGCGGACGCCAGGAGUCUCAUGAAUCUGCACAAUAACCGAGUGGGGAGGAAGAUAGUAAAGGAUCUAGUCCGGCGCGAGUGCAAAUGCCACGGCGUGUCCGGUUCUUGCGCGCUACGGACGUGCUGGCGCGCACUGCCGCCAUUCCGGACGGUGGCGGCCGCGCUGCGGGACCGCUACCACCGCGCCAAGCUGGUCACCGUCCACCCGCCGCCAGCCACGCACGCACCGCACUCGCAUCUUGUUAUACGAAGAUCGAGACAUAACGCAGGCAUUGGGAGGCAACCGCGCAAGUCAGAGCUGGUUUAUCUAGAACCCUCCCCUUCCUACUGCGAGCCGGAUCCAGUUUCAGGGUCCCUUGGGACCCAUGGUCGACAUUGUAAUAGGACAUCUCGAGGAGAAAAUGGUUGUGAAACUCUGUGCUGUGGUCGCGGUUACAACACUAUACGCACCGUCGAAGAAACGAAAUGCCGUUGCCAGUUUCACUGGUGUUGCCGAGUGACGUGCGAUAAGUGUAUCUCUCGCACUGAAACGCAUGUGUGCAAGUGA